CUCUGCCUGAUGGAGAUGAACCAGGAGGAACUUGCCGACACACUGUGGGGCGGAUCUGCUGCUGUCGAGUGCCAACACAAAAUCAAGUCUCAUUUGAAGAAGAAGUUCAAGUGUGUGUCUGAGGGACUCCCUAAAGCAGGAGAGCGAACAGGUCUGAAUGACUUCUACACAGAGAUCUUCAUCACAGAGAGAGGCAGUGGAGAGGUCAACAAGGAACAUGAGAUCAGACUGAUUGAAACCACUUCCAGGAAACCAGCCAAGGAAGAAAGACCAAUCAGAUGUGAGGACAUCUUUAAACCCUUACCUGGGCACGAUCAACCAAUAAGAACAAUGAUGACAACUGGAGUGGCCGGUAUUGGUAAAACCGUCUUAACACACAAGUUCACUCUGGACUGGGCUGAAGGCAAAGCCAACCAGGACAUACACUUCACAUUUCUCCUCACUUUCAGAGAGCUGAAUUUACUGAAAGGGAAAGAGUUUAGCUUGGUGGAACUUCUUCAUCACCUCUUUAUUGAGACCAAAGAAGCAGGAAUCUGCAGAUUCGACCGGUUCCAAGUUGUCUUCAUCUUGGAUGGUCUGGAUGAGUGUCGACUUCCUCUGGACUUCCUGAACAACCAGAUAUGGAAUGAUGUCACAAAAUCAACCUCAGUGGACAUGCUGCUGACAAACCUCAUCAGGGGCGACCUGCUUCCCUCCGCUCGCAUUUGGAUAACCACACGUCCUGCGGCAGCCAAUCAGAUCCCUGCUGAGUGUGUUGACAUGGUGACAGAGGUGAGGGGGUUCACCGACCAACAGAAGGAGGAGUACUUCAGGAAGAGAUUCAGAGAGGAGACACUGGCCAGCAAAAUCAUCUCCCACGUCAAGAAAUCACGAAGCCUCCACAUCAUGUGUCACAUCCCAGUCUUCUGUUGGAUCACUGCUUCAGUUCUGGAGGACAUCUUCAAAAAAUCCCAGAUCGAAGAGAUGCCCAAGACCGUGACUCAGAUGUACAGCCACUUCCUGAGGGUUCAGUCCAUACAGGGGGGCAGGAAGUACCAUGGGAGGGCUGAAACAGAUCCAGACUGGAGCUCAGAGAGCAGGGAGAUCAUUGUUUCUCUAGGAAAACUUGCUUUUAAUCAGCUGGAGAAAGGGAACCUAAUCUUCUACGAGGCAGAUAUGGCAGAGAGUGACAUCGAUAUCAGAGCAGCCUCAGUGUACUCAGGAGUGUUCACCCAGAUCUUUAAAGAGGAGUGUGGGCUGUACCAGGACAAGGUGUUCUGCUUUGUCCAUCUGAGCAUCCAGGAAUUCCUGGCUGCCCUUUAUGUCUUUCAGUCCUUCAUCGAUACUGGUGUCAAUCUGCUCUCAGAAGAACCACCAACCUCAAGGAAAGAUAAACUCCUCCUCUACCAGAGUGCUGUGGACAAGGCUUUACAGAGUGAGAACGGACACCUGGACUUGUUCCUCCGCUUCCUCCUGGGCCUCUCUCUGGAGACCAAUCAGAUUGUCCUACGAGGUCUGCUGGAACAGAAAAAAAGAUCACAGACCAAUAAGGGAACAGCGUCUUACAUCAAGAAGAAGAUAAAAGGUGAUCUAUCUCCAGAGAGAAGCAUCAAUCUGUUCCACUGUCUGAAUGAGCUGAACGACUGUUCUGUAGUGAAGGAUAUCCAACAGUAUCUGACAUCAGGAAGUCUCUCCGGAGAAUCUCUCUCCCCUGCUCAGUGGUCAGCUCUGGUCUUCAUCUUACUGACAUCAGAAGAGGAGCUGGACGUGUUUGACCUGAAGGAAUACUCUGCUUCAGAAGAUGGUCUUCUGAGGCUGCUGCCAGUGGUCAAAGCCUCCAAAACAUCUCUGCUGAAUGCUUGCCAUCUGUCAGAGAGAUGCUGUGAAGCUCUGGCCUCAGUUCUCAGCUCCAACUCCUCUAGUCUGAGAGAGCUGGACCUGAGUACCAAUGAUCUGCAGGAUUCAGGAGUGAAGCUGCUCUCUGCUGGACUGGGGAGUCCACACUGUACACUGGAAACCCUCAGGCUCCAGGGCUGUGAUCUGUCAGAGGAAUGCUGUGAAGCUCUGGCCUCAGUUCUCAGCUCCAACUCCUGUAGUCUGAGAGAGCUGGACCUGAGUACCAAUGAUCUGCAGGAUUCAGGAGUGAAGCUGCUCUCUGCUGGACUGGGGAGUCCACACUGUACACUGGAAACUCUCAGCUUGUCUGGCUGCCUGGUCACACAGGAAGGCUGUGCUUCUCUGGCCUCAGCUCUGAGCUCCAACCCCUCCCAUCUGAGAGAGCUGGACCUGAGCUACAAUCACCCAGGAGACUCUGGAGCUGCACUGCUCUCUGGUGGACUGGAGGAUCCACGCUGGAGACUGGACACUCUCAGUGUGGAGCACGGUGGAGUGUGGAGGCUGAAACCAGCUCCACAGAGAUAUGCCUGUGACCUCACCCUGGACCCCAACACGGCCCACAGAGAACUCUCUCUGUCUGAGGGCAACAGGAAGGUGACGAUGGUUGGAGAGGACCAGUCGUAUCCGGAUCACCCAGACAGAUUUUACUCCUGGUCCACGGUGUUGGGUAGAGAGGCUCUGACUGGCCGCUGUUACUGGGAGGUAGAGUGGAGAGGACAGGUUUGGAUAGGAGUGACGUACAGAGGAAUCACAAGGAGAGGAGAGGGUGAUGACAGCAGGCUUGGAUGGAACAACAAGUCCUGGACUCUUUAUUGUUAUGAUGGUGGUUACUAUGCCUGGUACAACGGUAGUAGAACAGUCCUCCCUCUCCGCCCCGCUGGCUCCACCAGAGUAGGAGUGUAUCUGGACCGGCCUGCUGGCUCUCUGUCCUUCUACAGAGUGUCCCCAGGUGGAGGAGGGUCCUCAGACACACUGACACGCCUCCACACCUUCUGCUCCUCCUUCACCCAGGAGGACCUCCUCCCGGGGGUGGCGGUAGGGUGGUGGUGGGAGGGGUCCUCAGCCUCUCUGUGUCGGUUGUAGAAAACAAAACGGGCGCGGGACACCUCGUUUUGGUGGGGGACCCUCAGCGUCUCUGCGUCUUUUGUAGUCGGUUUGUCUCCUGUUUGUCCCCUGAUCCCUGAUGGCGGCGGACCCCAGGGGGGCCCCUAGUGGGGUCCUCAGCGCCCUAGUGGGCCCUAGUGGGGUCCUCAGCGCCCUAGUGGGCCCUAGUGGGGUCCUCAGCGCCCUAGUGGGGUCCUCAGCGCCCUAGUGGGG